AUGGACCAGCGCACAAGACAGGCUGCUCUUUACUUCCUGAGGAACAUCUCUCUGGAUGGCCAACCACCACAGGGUUUUAGGGAGGGCUUUUUGGGUGCUGAGGCGGGGAGUGAAGUUGCCAUGACGACACACCAGCAGUACAGCAGCAUUACAACUGCAAUAGUCCACAGUUCUGGAGCAGAGGACCAGACUUGGAGUGAUAGUGUACCAACAAGCCUGCCAGUAGAUCAGGAGUCUAUGGACUCUGAAGCACAGGCUGCAUCUGACAUAAGCAGUCUUCUUCAUCGUCAUCCUCCGUCUGAUGCUGCCAUAGGGAGACUCACCCCAGCACCUCAGAGAGAACUUUCUGGCUCCCCCAAAAAGCAAACACAUAGUUCCUCAGACAGCCAGGGCAACGCCUCCCAGGAGUUACAGCGGACAAGGCGCAAAAUCCGGUUUGAGACCCUGCCGGACAUUGAGGAGAAUGCUCCCCUCCGCAGAUUUAAUUCAUCAAGCUUUCCUCGACCAAAAAGCAGUAAAAGGGUCCAUUUCAUAAAAAACCUGCGACAGCAUGACACAAGUGACGGCAGGAUAAUUCUGAUAACUGUCAGACGAGCUCUUUGUCGGGUGUUUUCUCUCAUACCUUACCGAGACUACAGCCAUAUUGGGGAUGUGACACUGGAGAGUGGACAUCAGCAACCAUCUGGAGCUAUGGCCACAAAAGAGAUGGUGAUCGGCCUGGAAGGUGUUGAGCUUGGUACUAAAGGAAAGGUCAGUCUAAAGACCUGUUCAUCUCUGUUCAUUGUAGUUCAAGCCACAUUAUGUAGGGUUUUUUGUACCAUUUUAAGGUAUGUUUUUGUAGUUUCAUACACCCAGCUGUUGUAUCCCACUCAUGCCCUGAGCAGACACUGUCCCGUCAAGCAGCAGAGCUCCUCAGGGCCCGUCUACCCUCCUGCUCCCUGUGGUUUCCAUGGUUUCCACCCAAUCAAGAGUGUCAGCGCCCACCGUAAGGGGAAGACAGCAGGAGCUGAUAGUAGAGACUGCAGGAACUAUGACCCAAACCUCUUGGAUGAUCCCCUUUGGCCAUGUGGCAAACACAAACGUGUGCUUGUCUUCCGUUCUGACAUGACUACUGUCAUUGAGUAUACCAAACCCAGUGAUCUGAAGAGAGAUAUGAAUAAGACUUUCAGGGAGAAGUUUCCACACAUUCGACUGACCCUCAGCAAAAUCCGGAGUCUGAAGAAAGAGAUCCGUAAGGUGGCUCAAGAGGACUGUGGAUAUGAGGAGCCUACAGUGGCCAUGGCCUUCGUGUACUUUGAAAAGCUGGCCCUCAGAGGCAAGGUGCACAAGCAGAACCGCAAACUCUGUGCAGGUGCCUGCAUCCUCCUGGCUGCCAAGAUGGGCAGUGACCUCAAAAGGUUCGAGGUCAGACAGCUGCUCGAUGUGAGUACCCAUGUGAUAGUGUGUGACUGUUGUAGAGCAGUGGUUCUCAAACUGGGGUCCGCGGUACUUAUGUACGGAUACUAGACAAGUUUUGAAAGGUAUAAGUAUAGUUACUUCAUUAAAAUAGCACGCAAU